CAGCUGACCAAGGAGGGAGGGACAGACCCACAGCUGCCUGAGGAACAGGAGAAAGACAACGCUACCUUUCACACAGAUCACUCAGAAACUCAGAAGUGAGGGUAGGUAGCCUCGCAGAGAAGGAGCAACCGUUUAGGAUUUACCCAGCUGUUCGGAGAGUGAUCUAAGGAAGAGACGGACAGGAACAACUGUUCAGAGAGGCAGGGUCGGAGCUAGCUGGAGGGCGAGGGACAGACGCGGCUCAACCGCUAUCUGAAGUAGGGCCCCCGGAGAGGAAUCUGAGCGAGCGAACGACGCCGGGGAAGCCCUGUUAGAACCGAGGGGCCGGGGCCCGAGCUAAAGCGGGGAGACGCCGCCGAGGGUGGGCCGGGGUUAGGGUCAGGCCAGCGAGGAUACAGUCACCGAGGGGAUGAACUUCGCGGUGGGAUUCAAGCUGCUGCUGGGAGAUGCUCACAGCAUGGACAGCCUGGAGAAGCAGCUCAUCUGCCCCAUCUGCCUGGAGAUGUUUUCCAAGCCGGUGGUGAUCCUGCCCUGCCAGCACAACCUGUGCCGCAAGUGUGCCAACGACAUCUUCCAGGCCUCAAACCCCCUGUGGCAGUCCCGGGGCUCCACCACGGUUACCUCCGGCGGCCGUUUCCGCUGCCCAUCCUGCCGACACGAAGUGGUGCUGGACAGACACGGAGUCUACGGGCUUCAGCGCAAUCUGCUGGUGGAGAACAUCAUCGAUAUCUAUAAGCAGGAGUCGUCCAGGCCGCUGCAUACGAAGGCGGAGCAGCACCUGAUGUGCGAAGAGCACGAGGAGGAGAAGAUCAACAUCUACUGCCUGAGUUGUGAGGUGCCCACCUGCUCCCUCUGCAAGGUUUUCGGGGCCCACAAGGACUGCGAGGUGGCCCCGCUGCCCAACAUCUACAAACGCCAGAAGAGUGAGCUGAGCGACGGCAUUGCCAUGCUGGUGGCUGGAAAUGACCGGGUCCAGGCAGUCAUCACCCAGAUGGAGGAGGUGUGUCAGACCAUCGAGGACAACAGCAGGCGCCAGAAGCAGCUCCUGGGACAGCGGUUUGAGACCCUGUGUGCCGUCCUGGAGGAACGCAAGGCCGAACUGCUGCAGGCCCUGGCCAAGGAGCAGGAGGAGAAGCUGCAGCGGGUGCGGGGCCUCAUCCGCCAGUACGGGGACCAUCUGGAGGCCUCGUCCAAGCUCGUGGAGUCGGCCAUCCAGUCCAUGGAGGAGCCCCAGAUGGCUCUCUACCUCCAGCAAGCUAAGGAGCUGAUCAAAAAGAUCGGGGACAUGGCGAAGGUGGAGCUGGCCGGCCGGCCUGAGCCGGGCUACGAGAGCAUGGACCAAUUCACAGUGAGCCUGGAGCACGUGGCCGAGAUGCUGAGGACCAUCGACUUCCAGCCGGCAGUUUCGGAAGAGGAAGAGGAUGAAGGGGAAGGGGCGACUCUGGAGGGCGAGGACGGCAGCGCCGGGACCGAGGAAGAGAGGCACGAGGGAUCUGAAGGUCCGCACUGAGGCCUGUCCCUAGCCCCGGGGUCGCAUCUGGCCAGCCAACCGCGAGCCCCUACGGGGACAGAGGGACACACAUGGCGAUACAGACCGACACUCUGUGGGGCUUCUCCCGGCAAUAAAGUUUGAGAGCUG